AUGCCCUUAACUGCAACACCGUGCUUGUCGCUGUUCCAAUGGACAGCACCGCUGACUUUUGUGGCAGUGUUCAAAUACCUUGCAGCAGUGCACUGCCUGUUGUCGCACGACACUCUAUUGGACGCUGACAUCAGAGGUAUCAACUCGUUUGAUUUCAUCAUAGUCGGUGCAGGCUCAGCUGGAAGUGUUGUUGCGAAUAGAUUGUCUGAAAAUAAAAAUUGGAAUGUACUAUUACUGGAAGCUGGGGGUGAUCCGCCAAUAACAUCUGAUAUACCAGCACUGCAGACACUCUUGUAUAAAACGGAAAAUGAUUGGCAAUAUAAAACAGUGAAUAACGGGGUGACGAGUCAAGGAAUUGAAAAUGGUGAAGUAUCCUGGACAAAGGGCAAAAUGCUUGGUGGCAGUAGUAGUAUGAAUGCUCUUGUUUAUUUGACUGGAAACGAUAAUGAUUACCAAAGUUGGUACGACGCAGGCAAUAAAGAAUGGAGUGUCGACGAAGUACGAAGGUGUUUUAAAAAAGCUGAAGAUCUUCGAGAUGAGGUUAUGUUAAGCGAUCCAGAAAUCAGUUCGACAUAUGGCCAGGGUGGAUUACUUGCUGUAAGUAGAUUCAAGAACACCUAUCGCAGUUACACUAAUAAAAUAAUAGAGUCCUGGAGUCAACUUGGGUUUAAAAAUACUUCAGAUUUGAAUGUGGCAAAUUAUUUGGGUGCUGGUAUUUUGCCUGUAACUGCAUUUAAUGGUGUUCGCGAAAGCACAUUUACUGCUUAUUUAAAACCAAUUGAAAAGAGAUCUAACUUAAAAAUAGUAAAACAUGCUCUGGUAACUAAAGUGUUAAUUGAUGCCAAUUCUACGGCUUAUGGGGUUGAAGUGACAAAAAAUGGAGUGAAAAAAACUUAUUUGGCAACACGAGAAGUUAUUUUAAGUGCUGGUUCUGUUAGUUCGCCACAGCUAUUGAUGUUGUCCGGUGUUGGACCUCAAGAACAUCUUGAAACAAAUAAUAUCGAAUGUCUCGUUAACUCGCCUAUGGUCGGACAAAAUCUUCAGGAUCAUGCACUGCUACCAGUUACAAUCUAUGGAGACAAACCUGACUCGAUUAAUUUAAUCGAUGUGGUGCAAAACAUAAAAGACUAUCUCUUGUAUCGUGAAGGAUUUCUUGCGCAAAGUAGUAUCAUAACAGAUGCUGCAGUGUUCUAUUCUACACGAGAAGGUGCUACUUAUCCAAAUAGUCAAAGCCACGUAACAGUAGUGAAUAAGAACUUCCCAUUGAUCGAAUUAAAUUUGAAACUAACUUUCGGAUACAACGCGUCCGUGCUCGAAUCAAUCAUUGAUUUAACCAAAGAACAUGCGCUGUACUUCUUUGAAUACAUUCUCCUGCAUCCUUACUCGAGAGGAAACAUUUCUUUAGCGUCGAACGACCCUACAGAUGCACCUCUUAUAUAUGCAAACUAUUUUGGAGAUCCUCGAGAUUUAGAAAUUGCAGUAAAUGCUAUUAAGAUGUUAACACAAAUCUUGAAUACACCUUAUUUUAAAUCUAUUAACGCUUUCUUGGGAAGGAUGAAUGUGCUGGCGUGUGAUCAUUUCGAAUUGGAUAGCGUGGAUUAUUGGAAAUGCGUAGGUACAAAUUUAGUAACUUCGAUAUUCCAUCCCGUGGGGACUUGCCAGAUGGGAACGAGUAUAAAUACUUCAGUAGUGGACAGUCGGUUGAGGGUACAUGGCGUAAAGCAAUUGAGGGUUAUUGAUGCUGGAGUUAUGCCUACAAUAACCAGUGGAAAUACAAACGGUCCAACUAUCAUGAUUGGUGAAAGAGGAGCUGAAUUAAUUAAAGAAGAUUAUUUGUAAGGUCGCUUAUGACCAGAUCCAUUAAUAAUCUCUUGAACCAUGAAUUACGACUACAAGUUUAAAUAAAGAUUUUUCAUCAUCA